AUGUCUUUUACCUUUUUCUUCCUUCGCAGCACUUCUAUUUGUCCCGUGCCCGCGACAGUCGUUCCAUCCGAGCAAGUUAAUGAUCCUUCCGUAAGUGGCUUAGAGAAAUGCUUUGACCCAAAAUGCAACGAGAAGACAGAUUCAGGGUCAUGUGACGGGGUCGUGGGUUGCUAUUGGUGCGUUAGAGACAAGAACGACGCUCCACUUUCCAACAAAUACUGCGCUGAUAUCAAUGUCUGUUAUGGCGGCAAGGAAGGCACAAGAGCUCCUGGAAGCAGUGGUGCUCCUAAGGACCCCGACGACGACGAUAAUGAUGACGACAAAGGUGGAAUGUCAGGUGGAGCCAUUGCUGGUAUCGUCAUUGGAAUUGGAUUGGUGAAAUUCAGCAGCGAGGCCGAAACACCAACUGGAUACAACAAUGAUGGGAGAGACUGUCACAGCGAACGUUUGGCGGACGCCACACCGAUUAACAUAAAAUACUUAAAGGAUUUCGUAGAUACACUUUCUGCAAGAGGAGGUACGGAGUAUUCCAAGGCAUUUACUCUGGCCUUCGACUUACUAAAGGGAUCAUCUCUUGGGAAAGGUCCUUCCAGGAAAAAAGUCAUUACUUUUCUAACAGAUGGUGAACCAAACGACGCAGCAAGUAAAAUCAUGCAGACCAUAAAAACGAAGAACGCAGAGCUGAACAAUACAGUGGUAAUAAUGACAUAUGGCAUGCUAAAAAACUUGCAAAUCCUACAAGAUAUUGCCAAACAGGAUGGGAGUAAUUACGGUGUUUCAAAAGCACCUGACGUCACUAUUGGAUUGGUGAAAUUCAGCAGCGAGGCCGAAACACCAACUGGAUACAACAAUGAUGGGAGAGACUGUCACAGCGAACGUUUGGCGGACGCCACACCGAUUAACAUAAAAUACUUAAAGGAUUUCGUAGAUACACUUUCUGCAAGAGGAGGUACGGAGUAUUCCAAAGCAUUUACUCUGGCCUUCGACUUACUGAAGGGCUCAUCUCCUGGAAAAGGUCCUUCCAGGAAAAAAGUCAUUAUUUUUCUAACAGAUGGUGAACCAAACGACGGAGCAAGUAAAAUCAUGCAGACCAUAAAAACGAAGAACGCAGAGCUGAACAAUGCAGUCGUAAUAAUGACAUACGGCAUGCUACAGGACUUGCAAAUCCUACAAGAUAUUGCCAAACAGGAUGGGAGUAAUUACGGUGUUUCAAAAGCUUCUGACGUCACUGCUGGAAAAUUCACCUAUGUUUCAAACGCGAAUAACUUACGAAGGGACAUGGCAACAUACUACGACUUCUUCUCAACAAACACCGUUCGUAAUGAGCCAAUCAUAUCCAUUCCUUACGUUGACGCCUUUGGAAUAGGUCUGGUAACAUCCAUAACACUGCCUUGUUAUCACCAAGGCAAAUUCAUUGGCGUUGUUGGCACAGACAUAAGUAUGGCGGACCUUCUUUCUGAAAUCACCUACUUUCAGAAGGGCCAAUCAAGUUAUGCUUUCAUGGCAGACAGCUCCGGAAGGACCAUGAUGCAUCCCCUUCUGCCAGCCCCUUCUAAUGCCUUCGGCGACCCGAUUUUUAUGGACAUCACGUCACUAGAACCUGAACCGGAGUUUUAUUCCGUAUUUGAAUCGAUCAAAAGCGGUGGAUCUGGACAGAAGAAUAUUUCAUCAAAACGCUUUUUGGCUAAAGGUGGGCAGGUAACUGAAGGUGUCACAGUUGUGGAGAUACCCUCAAUCUAUUACUGGUUGCCAGUUGAGGAGACCAAUUUUACCGUUGGCAUUGUGGUAGCAGUUGGCGACAAGGACGAAACACUAGGAAUUCAAGCUAUUCCUUCAGGCUUCAAGUUCUUGUAUCAUCGCUUGGACUUGAUCAAACCUGAUGAUUCUUGUGUUCACUUUUCAAGAUAUGCUGCAAACGAUUCAACUGUGGUGAAGUUUGGCGCAGAAGCGUUCAAAGAUCCAUAUACCUACCUUAGUUUAGAUGAGACAGUCCCUGAAAUAAAAGCUUAUAGAAGAUUUAUGACAAGUACACGCUCGCCAAACCCCGGCUUCAAAGAAGGCAUUCGGGACACAGUUAUAGCCACGCGAAAGGUGGAAGAUAUUUGGUUUCGUGAAAAGAUGGAUUACACGAAGUAUCUGGUUUGGAGAUAUAUUGGUACUGCCAAUGGUGUGUUCAGAAUGACGCCAGGGACCUCGCUGGCGAAAUCGUACGACCCAAGGAAAAGACCAUGGUACCACACCGCGCUAAGCAACAAGGGAUUGGUUGCCCUUUCCACCCCUUACAUAGACGCCUUUGGUGCAGGAGUGGUGAUAACCGCUGCCCGCACUAUUUACCGUGGUGAGACAAACAGCCAGCACAAAACAAAUGACAAAGUUAUUGCCGUUAUGGGUGCGGACUUUCCUCUAUCAUACUUCCAAAAACUCCUGACAGAUACAUAUCCAAAAUGCAAAGAAAACAACUUUGACUGUUUCGUGCUUGACGCAGCUGGAUUUCUUAUCAUGCACGAUGAUUUCCUUGUGCCUGAUAUAACCGCCAAAACACUGGAAUAUGUCCACAUCACUGAAAAGGAAAAAGACGUAGCCGAAGAUUUGUUACAGAAAGGUUAUCUGGUGAAAGAAGAAUGCCGCAAUUUGGAGAAAAUCAAGCUACAAAACUUUUACAAGGUUAAGAUUCCAUUACAAGGCGUUGAUACGCUGAAUAGUGGAGCCCGCUGCAAGAAGUACCAGCUCUCUAGUGUGGUGGAAACUAAUGCGUUUUUAGGAAUCAUAUCACGUGAAAGUUCAUGCCCCUCCAGGUCUUGCACGUGUUCCAGUAACAAAGAAUGCUCCAGUGUUCAGGGUUUGACUUGCCAGUGUCCAUGCUCUUCGCGACUUGACUUCCAUUAUUGUAGAAGCGAGUUUCCGGCCAGCAACACUUCUGUUUGUCCUGUGCCCGCGACAGUCGUUCCUUCUGAGCAAAUCAAUGAUCCUUCCGUAAGUGGCUUAGAGAAAUGCUUUGACCCAAAAUGCAACGAGAAGACAGAUUCAGGGUCAUGUGACGGGAUAGUGGGUUGCUAUUGGUGCAUUAGAGACAAAAACGACGCUCCACUUUCCAACAAAUACUGCGCUGAUAUCAACGCCUGUUAUGGCGGCAAGGAAGGCACAAGAGCUCCUGGAAGCAGUGAUGCUCCUAAAGACCCCGAUGACGAUGAUGAUGAUGACGAUAAGGGUGGAAUGUCGGAUGGAGUCAUUGCUGCUAUCGUCAUUGAAGUAAUAGUUGCUACUGCUGUAGCAGUAUGUAUAGUCGUCCAAUGCAGUAAUAGAAAAAGGGUACCGUCACCGCCGUCUCCUGCGGUCCAGGCGUCAGCGCCACCAUAUAACCCUGCCUGGCAUAGAGUGGAUGCCAAUGCAUUCUACAAUCUCGGACAAAACUGUUGAGACAACUGAGUCAAAUGUAGACUUAUGACAGAUUCCCACUCUUAUUGCCUACUUUUCCACGGCCUUUCCCGCUUUCAAUUUUGCUUUGUGCGUGAAUUAAGCAUGAAUGGUUCAUCGUAAAAGAUAUUUUCUAAAAAAACAAACGGCAACUUUGAGAAGGGAGGGUAGGGGGGAGGGGGGAAGGGCAUUUCUUGCCUGGGGGUGUCUUUUUAGCAUCGCAGUUUGAGGAGAGCGGCUUUGAUAUGUCUUUGUCUCAACAGGUUUUGUCCGCGAUUACAGAUCAGAACUGAGAGUGUGAAGUGUCUUUCUUGCUAGGGUAUUAACGUACAAAAAGUAGGAAUCGGAAAAGUACAUCAAAUUACGAGUUAUGGUGCUUUUAAAAGGACAAGCCAUUAUGCAUUAAGUCACUUUUUUUAAUGUGUAAAAUAUACUAUUAAGAAUCAACGGAAACAACCAAGGUGGUAAGUCACGUGAACAAGACUGGAUAAGAAUGACAACGCUGAGAUGGAUUGUAAUCGACAAACUUGAAAAAUGUAGGCUAACGUUCUCGAGAUGUACCACCCUUCACAUAUCAUCUGCUACGACCUCCUUCUAAACGGUCAUUGUGACAUUUCAGUCCUGCAUAUAUAUCUUGCUCUUUCAUAGAAUCUGUAGACUUUGUCUCGUCUACUGUCUUGGUGAAUUCACAGGUAGCGGGUAACACAGUUUUGGUUUUUAUGACCUUCAGAAGAAAGCAUCAUUUAGUUUUGUCUUCCUAUAUAUAAUUAUAUACUAUAGAAAUUGUAUGGUCAAUUUUGUAUCAUCUAUAAAGUUUAAUGGCUUUCAUUUGCCUUUAAUAAUGGAUUGUAAUCCAUUUAUCUGUUUAUUUCAUUAUCUUUCACAAUGAGUUGUAACUUCAAGUUCCUCCAUAUUUUCUCGUGGGAAAAAUAGGGAAGAGGAAAGAAAUAUUUUGUUUCAUAGUCCAUCCAGGGAUUAUUCUUAUUUCUGUAAAAAAGGGGAAAAAUAAUUGCUGACAGCUAUAUGUGGCAUUGCACGUCGUGUAAUUCGCAAGGAAAUUGGCCAAGAACUACUGUAUUGUCAAUCUUGCAUGGUACAUGUAAAUAGCCGGCUUGGUUCAACAUCAACUGAUAACAAUCGAUUUAAUGAGAAAUGGUUGCAGAACCGAUUUAA